GCUACUAUGUAUUAACAUUGUGAAUAAUCACAACCAAUAGUAAAACGCGUUAUAUCAAAUUCAAUAGCUUCUCGUCCUCGAAGAAGCUUCCAAUUGGUUAGCUGUAAUUUCCCAAGUAACAUUGGGCCACCCGCCAUAACGAACAUAGCGUGUAUUAUUAGUGUAUACGAGGUGAUUAUAUACAAGGAAACGUAUGGUGACAAUUUGAAAACAUGGAAGUUGCACAAAAGUUGCAUUUCGACGCAUGCGAUAUUCAGGACGAGGAGCUAAACAUUAGCUGUCGUACAAAUAGCUCCGGUUGUGAUGUUGACGAUAUUUUAGAUUCUUCAGCAGAAGAUCUUGGAUGUUCACCCCCACUUCAACCAAGAAAAUUAUCAUUUAGUAAUACAAUGGACUGUAGUGACAGUGAAAAUAAUCAAUCUGUGCCAAUUAAUAACAAUAAGACGCCAAUCAGUAACAUGACAGGUACAUCAAGAAUUAGAAUUCCACCUCGUGAAAAUAUAUGUUCUCAAAAAAUAUCAAUGGCAUGUAGUCCACCAUAUAAACGUGUUAGAGCUUUACGUUUAUUUGAUUCUCCUGCUACUCCAAAGACAUUAAUGGAAAAGAGUGCAAUGCAUACUCCAUUUCCAUCUAAAUGUACCAGAUUAUUUUCAUUAGACAAAUCUAGAUCAUGUAAUUAUCAAAAUAAAUCUGACAAACCUACUGCUAAUGUAAAUCCUUUUACACCAAAUGGAAUGUUGUUAACUGCAAGAAAACGCACUAGAUCUAAACGUAGUCUUAAUGGAUCUCCAGAUAUUCAAAUACCAAAAUUCGAUCUCGCCGAUUCCGAAGAUUCUGAUAACGAAAUAGAACAAGCUACAAAACGUGUUGCAUUGCAAGAUUCGAAUAUUUUACGAUAUCAUCAAGAGUUCCAUGAACUUGGUUUAAUUGGAACAGGUGAAUUUGGUUCAGUUUAUAAAUGUAUUAACCGAUUAGAUGGAUGCACUUAUGCUAUUAAAAAAAGUAUUAAACCAGUUGCUGGAAGUAUUAAUGAAAAAAAUGCCUUAAAUGAAGUAUAUGCACAUGCUGUACUUGGUAAACAUCAACACGUUGUGAGAUAUUAUUCUGCAUGGGCAGAAGAUAAUCAUAUGAUAAUUCAAAAUGAAUAUUGUAAUGGCGGCAGUUUAGCAGAUGCAAUUAUCAACUUAGAAAAGGAAAAAAAACAUUUCACUGAAGCAGAAAUGCGACAAUUGUUGUUACAUGUUGCUGAAGGUUUAAGAUAUAUUCACAGUAUGCAAUUAGUACACAUGGAUAUUAAACCUGGAAACAUAUUUAUUUCCAAAGAAAAGAGGUUACUCGCAGUUAAUUAUGAUUCAGCUGAUGAUGGUUUCGACGAAGAGGAAACUAUCGAAGAAGAAAUUACUUAUAAAAUAGGAGAUUUGGGUCAUGUUACGUCUGUUAAUAAUCCUCAAGUUGAAGAAGGAGAUUGUAGAUAUUUGCCAACAGAAAUUUUACGCGAAGACUUUAGUCAUUUACCAAAAGCUGAUAUUUUUGCUUUUGGAUUAACUGUUUAUGAAGCAGGUGGUGGAGGUCCACUACCUAAAAAUGGACCAGAAUGGCAUGAUAUUAGAAAUGGAAAUUUAAAGGAAUUAUCCCAUUAUAGUCGUGAUCUUAAUGAAUUACUUAAAUUAAUGAUUCAUCCAAAUCCUGAAAUGAGACCAUCAGCAAUUUGUCUUAUACAGCACAGAGUAUUGUGCCCAUUUGGAAAUAAAACAAAAGCACAACUUCGACGGGAACUGAAUGCAGAAAAAUUAAAAAAUGAAAUUUUGUCAAAGCAACUGCAAGAAGCGGCUAAAUGUCUAAAAACUAUUGCUCCAAAUGUAGCGGCUAUUAAUAAUACAAUGAAUGCAGGAGGCUACAAACUAAGACCUACACCAACUAGAACAUCGUCUCGAGCAGUGGGUAAAAAGGUCAAUAGAAGCAAUAGCACUACAAACUUUUGAAUGUUCUAUGUUAUAUUUAUGUCAGACUAAAUGAGAAGGGGAAAAGGUGCUUAAGAAAAAAAGAAAUUUUUUUAAGUGCCUUGAGAUAUUGUGAUAUAAAGUAACUCUAAUUUAGAAGUAAAACUAUAAUUAAUUUGAUAGCAAGAAAAUAUGAUAUAUACAGAGUGAAAUUGUAAAAUAAUCAUGGGUAUAUCUUUGCAACGUGUGAUGGAGAUAUUACAUUAAUAAUAUAAGCUGAAUUAACCUAUGAAAAUUACAAAUAAAUAACUUUCAUAUUUUAUAUUUCAUUAGAUGGAUAAUACAGUAGUUUAAUACUAUUUUCUUAUGUAUAUUAUGUUUGAUCUUUUUUUUUUUAUAUAAAAUAAAAAUAAGUACAUAAAUUUUGAAAAAUUUAAUGAUUAUUUCUAUUGUUCAUUGGUCUAUUUAUCUUAUAAAGUAUAAAAACUGUAAAAAAAUCUAUUUCUUUAUAAAAUGAGAAUAAUUUUAUUAAAUAUUUUCUUAUGUGCAUUUAAUGUUACAAGUAUUUACUUAUGUACUUUGUGUAAUUACAAUAUACAAUUAUUUUACAAUAUUACAAUAUUUUUUAAUGUAAAAUUAGUAUCAUAAAAAGAAUAUUGACGGAAAUGAAAUAAUGUUUUUAAUAUCACUUAUUACCUAACAUUUUGACAUAUCAUCGUGUGAUAUUUUCGUUCUUCCCGUUUUUAUUUAAGAAUUACUGUAGUAUAUAAAAUAAAAUACUAACAGUAAACUGUGACAAAUUGUUUAUUACAAAUACAUUGUAUUUUUAUAUAUAGAUAUUUACAUAUAAUAAUAGUUCAGUGUCGUGUAUUGUUUAGUGUUUAAGUAUUAAAUAAUCUCUGUAUUAUCCAUCGUUAAUUUUCAAAUUUUUAUAAAAAUUCAGAUAAUUUUUUCUUUCUGUAAUUUUCAUAGUUAUCAGAUAAAAGACUGUUACUUUAAAUGUAUCAUAUUAAAUAAUUUUUAUAUUUUGCUAGAUUCAAUAUUUUUUAUAAUUUUGUAUACAUACAUGUCUUUUUAAAUUAAUAAUGAACAAAUAACAAAUAAUACCUACAUACAUAUUGUGUUUAUCAUGUUUAAGAAGAUAGAAAAAUUUUUGAUAAUGACUAAAUAGAAAUUGACAAUUAACAUAGAACUUUAUUUAAAUAUAAUUCCUAAACCUGAAAUUUACAAUUUCACUCUGUGUAUUCUUUAUAUAAGGAAAUAAUUCUUAAAAUUACAAACAGUUAUAGAGAAAAUCUUUGAACGUAAAAUGUUUUAAGUUUAAAUUAUUUUUAUAAUAUUUUUUUAUAGUCAUAUUAUCUUUGGCAUGCUCUAGAAUUCAUAUUAUACAAGUUUUCUUUGUGUUUCUAAUAUAUGUAUAUAUGAUAUAUAUAAUAUAUAUAUAUAUAUAUUGGAUAAAUAUUGAUAUAUAAUAAUCCAUGUUUCUAAUAUAGGUGGUACUAUUGAUUAGAUAUUUCUUAUUCUAUUUACUAAUACAAAAAUUCAAAAAAAAAAAAAAAAUAUAUUCAUUUCAAAUGUGUGUCAAAUUUAAAGUAUUACAAAUUUUGCUAUAUUAGACAGAUUGACUAAUGAUCUUUUUUACUUCAUUUUUUGUUUUGUAAUACAUUGUGUUUCUUGAUCAGAAAUGACAAAAACUAAUGGUUUAUCAUAAUAUAGUGAAUUCAAAGUCCUGUAUCAUAUAAAUACAUCCAAUGAAUAUCUUUUGUUCCUCAAAAUAACAUUGAAUAGAUGAAUCUUAUGUAUAAUUAUUUGGCUUUUAGUUAAUAAACAAAUCAAAGCCUUUGUAUCUUGAUUUAGUAUUUUUGUAUCUGAGCAUGCUAAUAUGUGAUCUUUUAUAUAUUUGCGUUACUGGAGCAUUUCAAUAUUUAUAUUUAGAAAAAAAAAAUAUAACGUGUAAUGCUUUGCAUUACCAUUUAUAAAAUGAUUUCGAUUGGAGUUUUUAAUAUCAUGAGAUUUUUUGUUGUAGUUUGCGUUACAAACUAUUUAUGUCUUUUAUUUUCAGUAUAAAUUCAAUUCUUAAAAAUAAGAUCAACUAAAAAAUUUUCUGUUACACUAUCAAAGUUUUAAAAGUAAUGCGAUUAAAUAUUAAUUUUCGUGAGCGUAUAACCUCGUUUACAAAGCAAUGUUAUGUAUGUAGUUAUAGACCGUGCUAUGUAUAAAAGUUACGAAGUUUUGUAAGAAAAAAAUGUGAAUAAUCGAUAAAGGAGCUCUUAAGCUUCAAACUGUGUGCCAAGAAGGGUGGACCCCUACUUAUGGCAGUAAAGGUAUUGUGGUAAUAUGCCAUGUUUACAUAUACUGUUGUUUCAUUAAUCUUAUUAUUAUUAUUAAUAUUAUUAUUGUAUUAUUAUUAAUAUUAUUAUAAUAAAUAAUUAACAAAUAGA